AUGCUUCGCGUUGGAGCGGACCUGGGGCUUUUUACCUUGCUUGCGAAGAACAAAGGUCCAUUGAAAGUCGAAGAGAUUGCAAGUUCGACCAAUGCCUCUCCUCAGCUCUUGGAGAGAAUUCUUCGCUACCUGGGUGCAACAAGCGUUAUCAAAGAAUCAGCUGCCAAUGAGUAUACGGCAACCAUGCUCACCCAGGUACUGGCUGAUCCUCAAGGUGAAGCCAUGAUAUACCAUGGAUUCGAUACCCACGGCCCUGUAGUCCAAGCAAUGCCGGAUUUCUUCGCAGAAAACGGUUACCAGGAUAUCACAGACAAUACGCACACGCCCUUCCAGAAGGCUCACAACACAAAGCUCACUUCGUUCGAUUGGCUUGUCCAGCAACCCAAGCACUUUGAGAAUCUGCAAAAGGUCAUGACAUCUCUUCAAGGAUCAGAAUGGACCAACGAGUUUGCGCUUCUGGAUGAUGAGGUUCAAAAAAUUCCAUUCAGUGCCCCGCAAGCAUUUGAGAGCCCGUUCUUCGUCGACGUUGGCGGUGGUCACGGUCACCAGUGCCGUGAGCUUGGAAAGAAGUAUCCAAGCCUUCUUGGACGCAUGGUCCUCCAAGAUCUCCCCGAGGCAGUCGGGAAGCUGUCUCCAAUAGAGGGAGUCGAAAUCAAAGCUUAUGAUUUCUUCCAACCUCAACCUGUUACAGGUGCGAAGCUCUACUACCUUCGCAGGAUUAUGCACGACUGGCCUGAUAAAGAGGCUGCUGCCAUUCUUCGAAACACUGCCGCCGCAAUGAAUUCUGACUCUCGGAUCUUGAUUGACGACACCGUGAUCCCGGAUACCGGUGCGAACUGGCAAUCGACCUUGGCGGACCUUGCAAUGAUGGCCUUUGGAGGUAAGGAGCGGACUGAGGCCCAGUGGCAUUCUCUUGCAAAGAGUGCUGGCCUCCAUGUUGAACAGAUUCAUACUUACGUUGCUUCAACCUAUACCGCGAUAGUGGUUUUGGCGCUUGAGUGA